GUAUGCCUAUUGUCUGCAGGGGCACAGGUCCGGGCAGCCAGACAAUCAAGGCCACCACAAGAGCCCCAGCGUCCAACUGUACAGCCGAGACGACACGCUCUUGGCGCUCGACCUACAAGCCCAAAUCGCUCAAGCGUGUGCAGAUGGUUGGCGACCCACUCGUCCUAUAGCCAGAGGAGGACAGCCGCCAACCUUGGAACCGCCUUUCGAGGUCCUCAGAUCUACUCCGCCCGGCAAGUUCCCCUUGGAGUCGUUCGGAGAAGGCCUCUCCCGCUUCAUUUACUCUAGAGAGGCAGAAAUGGAGAAGGCCUCCCUAUUGCAAGCAGAAGAAGACCUUCAGCCUACGAUUGAGGAACAGGGUGGAGCUGCCCCGUCCUCGCCGGCCAUACCCGACGAUGACCACGAAGCCUUGCUCGUCGCACGCUUCGCGGCGGAACAUGAUUCCUCCUCUGACUCAGAUCGGCCCAAGGAUACUGAGCCGUCAGGAAUUGCUUGCCGCCGCAGCCGUCUCGUCAAGCUAGCUUCGACUUCCAAACAAGCCAUGUCCAACGCGUCAGCCUCGGAUCUGGCCAAAUUCCUCAAGGACAAUGCUGUCCAUGAUGUUCUGGCACAAGCCUUGGCCCUCAAAGGCUUGGAGACGGUGGAUGACCUGGCUUACGCAUAUCCGGAAUUAGCCAGCCUCGACAGCCUAUUGUCGGGUCUCUCCGACGAGGACAUGGGAGAAAUGGGCGCAGCCGAUGCCUUGCAUGGCGUUCAGGCAGCCAGGCUCCGCC